GUCCUGAAAGUCUGCGGGCUCAGGCUGCCAAGUGGCAAGUGCACAACUCACCCCUCACGGGCUCACAGGAUUGCAACCGUUGAACUCGGACACUAAAAAUAAAGAGAUCGUAUUUAUUUUUUAUACAAAAUGAACAUAUUUUGUACGCAGGCGACUUGGCGAUUAAGGUUCCAUUUGGAUCAAAGUGCUAAUAAGUGAAACUGGUAAACUUAGCACUAGUGUAUUCAAACAGAAGUGCUAAUAGAGUGUGUUAAAGUUUAACCAAGAUUCAAAAACUUUAGCAAAAGUACAAGUGUUAAUAGGUUCUAAAAUUUAGCACUCAACUUCACCUCCUCCAAACAAGCCCUAAUCUAAUUUGCCACAGUCACAAAGCAAAUGUUUCCGAUAUCAUAAGCACAAAGCCAAUGUUUACACAGAACAACCAAAGCUUUUGUACGCAGGCCUCACACAAUUUUAGAGUUGCAAAUACUGGCAGGUAGGCGCCGUCGUCAUCAGCGCCGCCGAGGGGCGAGAUACCGAUUUGACAGAGAUGAUUCCAACUAGAUGGGGUUUCCGCGCCGACUCCGAUUCGGAAUUCGACUUCGACUUGGAGGCGGGCGACAGCUAUAUAUAUAUCUCCCACCAGGCACGAGGCCCUGUCCAAUAACUAAUCCAGCAUCCAGCAGACAUCCGAGAAAGGCACAUGGCGAGGUACGAGUACGAGAGAGAGCAAGCCGAGAAGGCCUGCCGGUACGCGGAGGAGCUCUUCCUCGCCGGCAACAUCCGCGGCGCGCACUGCCAUGCCAGCAAGGCCAAGCGGCUCUGCCCGUCGCUCCCCGGCGUCGCCAACGCGAUCGCCGCGUACGAGGUCCACGACGCCGCGGGGCGCAGCUGGCGCGCGGUCCUCGGCAUCCGCGCCGGCGACGCUCCCACGCAGGACGCCAUCAAGAAGGAGUACCGGCGGCUGUCGCUCCUCGUCCACCCGGACAAGGCCCGCUGCGCCGCCGCCGAGGGGGCCUUCAAGCUGGUGCGCCGGGCGUGCGAGGAGGCCCUCUCCUCGGCCGCCUCCGGCAGGGACACGAGCCCGCCGCCGGUGCCUCGUGCCUCCGCGCCGCCCAACGUGCCUCGGGCCGCCGCUCCGUCGCCGCCGCCGAUGUACUACGCGCCGCCGCGCGAGCCCGUGCUCAUCUACUGCCCGUCCUGCAAGAACGAGUACGCCGCCAAGAUCGGGCGGCUGGAGCAGCAGGCCGGCAUGAAGUGCGCCCGCUGCCCGGUGUGGCUGAGCCCGCCGUGGCAGAAGAAGCCCCCGGCGAGGAAGGAGCCCACCGCCGCGCCCGUAAAUGUUCUAGUGCGCACAGCGGCCCGUGCCCACGCGGUAUCCAAAGGCUGGGAUCAAAUCGACGCGCUAAGAUUCGUGCGCUGCGCCUUUGAGUCUGGCCUCCUUGUUGGCCUGUUUAGGCGAUUUCGGGGACGCGCUGGCGCCGCUGUUUGCCGUGUUCGACGACUGCUCCGACGACGAGAUCACCGCCUGCUUCUCGACGUUGGCCUUGACCUCGGCGUUGGAGAAGCCGGCCUCGCGCAAGACGCGGCUGACGCCGGGGUCGUCGAGGAUGUAGAUGACGAGCUGCUCGACGCAGUUUUUCCGGUUGAAGAGAGGACGGUGUCAAAGCGAUUCUUCAGAUCAAAUCUACACAAGGGAUAUAUGGAAGAGCCAGGACAAAUCGGGAUGGCAGAGGCUAGCAGGGAUGGUGAACCGGGCGGUCAUGAGGUUAUUGUGAACUCGACGUUGGAAGAGGGAUCAUGUACAUGGAAAAUAAGUAGGAGGGCAAUAAGUGGUCCAGAUGCGAGAAUUGCACCCUGGGAAGAAAGUGCAGUUAGCAAAGCAUUGCGAGCAGGUGAAGGGAGAAGUAACAAACCCGUGUUUGAGCCAGUUGUAGGAACCAGUUUUAACAGUUGUGAGGAGGCCAAGGACUUCUACAACUUGUAUUCCUGGGAGAUUGGUUUUGGGGUUCGGUAUGGAAGGAGCAGGAAAAAUUCAAACAAGUAUCGGACAAGGCAAGAUAUUGUUUGCUCAUGUCAGGGGCAAAGCACGGCAGGGAGCACAAGAACAUGUCGCAGAGGGUGUCCGGCAAUGAUAAGGCUGCUAAGGACUCAUGAUCAUGGUUGGUAUAUCAGCAGAGUUGUUAAGGAACAUAAUCACGACUUGUCUGAUAGUUAUGCUGAAAAUAAGCAGUGGAAUUCUCAUAACCAAAUAGAUGCAUUGCCAAAGGAUUUCAUUAGGAAACUAAGGAAUAACAAUGUAAGCAUAGGGCGCGUGUGCUCUCUUGUUGGUGCUGGUGGGAAUGUUGAUGCAGUGCCAUUAAGAAAAGAAACAGUUAGGAAUGUGUGUGCUAAGCUGUCACAGGAAAAUAUGAGAAAUGAUUUGGGCAAGACAAUUGAGCUUCUGCAGCAGAUGAAGGAUGCAGACCCAGGAAUGUCAGUAAAAUUCAGAGUUGAUACAGAUGGGAGGCUUCAGUCAAUGUUAUGGUGCACGGGGAAGAACAAAAGUGACUAUGAGCAGUUUGGAGAUGCCAUAACAUUUGACACCACGUACAUGACAAAUCUUUAUAAAAUGCCGUUUGGUUUGUUUGUAGGAGUGAACAAUCAUUUUCAAUCUGUUAUAUUUGGAGGAGUUCUAUUGACUACAGCAAUUAGAAUUUACGCAGACGUCCCCUACAAAUAAGGCCAUAAUGUUAAAAUGCCACCAUUUUGCCUUUGUACUCAUAUGU